CAAAUUAAUAAACAAAAAUAAAAUUUUGCUUCGAUGGAAUAAGAAUCAUCUAGAAACUCAUCAAAACGAUGCAGAAGAACCAGCCUCAACACAAAAUCAACCCUCUCUCUAAUCUCACUGUAAAAUUAGAUUAACCUACUUCUAAUUUCAGUGGGUGUGAAUUUGAUAGUUAUCUAUCUCAUUCUUCCAUGAAAUUUAAAUGAGUUUCAACAUAAGGUAGGUAGGCUAUGCAUUCUCCAUCCUUCAAGUUCAAAAGGCUCUUAUGCAAGGGUGUUUCCGUAAAAUUUUCACUAGUUUGCCACUCCACAAAUUAAGAAGUUGAAUUAUGCUGUUUGCUUCAAGGUAAUGUGUUGGAUGAAUUUGUUGAAACGGAUGAUAAGAUAGUGCUCCACGCUGAUGACAAACUUAAGGACCAGUUUGCAAUACAGUCUGAUAGUAAGAAAUUACUUCAUGAAUUAUAUAUUGUAUCAAAAGUAACAUUAAACUGCCGAUUACCUGAGGAGCUAUUGUACUCAAGGUAAAGAGCAAUGCUCCCAAAUCAGAACCAGAAAGAAAGAAUGGUGGAAAAGGGUUCAUGGUCUUGUAAACCUGAAGAUCUGUUUUCUCCGUGUAAUUGUGACUCAAGCAAAGAACAGAAAAGGCCAGCAUCACCAAGUAUGUCUGAUCGUUGUUUCAAGGGCAGCAAUAUAGAGUCUAGCAAUUGUGAGCUUUGUGCAAAUGGUAGUAUCUUAGGAAACAAGAGUUUGUUGGAGGAUGAUAGUGUGUCUCAAUAUUCAAUUAAUCAUAUAUCUCAACCUGACAAUGAGCUUAGCUUUCUUGAUACUGAUAGAUGGCUUGACAUAGACAACUUUGAAGAUGUUGAUAGGAUGAUGUUAAAUUAUGACUCAACUUUUGGAAUGGGGAGCCUAGAUAAUGAAGAUGAAUUCUGCUGGCUCUCAUCAUCACAUGGAACUGAAGAAACUGUUGGCGAUGCCCUGAAAUCUGACUUCAAGUUUUCACCUGCUGAUGCAAGUCCACUGAAAAGUAUAUCAGAAUCAGAUUAUAAUAUGGAUCUGAAGGACAAUGUUGAAGGUCUGCCAAUUCUUGAUUGUGACAAAAAAUCAUCUCCUUUUGAUAAAAAACUGAGGUGUGAAAUGGAGGUUGAUCUUGACGUGGUUCCUACUUCACUAUCAACAUUUGGGGAAUCAGACAUGAAAUCGGGUAUUACGGAUGACUUGAUGCCUGAACAAAAGAUACAAGGGCAACUGUUAAAGCAAUCAGCGGGAAAGAGAAAAAAUAGCUUUCUAAAAGAUGGUCAUUCUGAUCAUUCCCGCGAGGAGCAGCGUGCAAAUCUGAAGCAACCCAAUGGAGCCUCUUCUAGUGGGGUCACUUCCCAGAAUAGGGAUUCUGAUCAUCCUUAUACCCACGAGGAGCAACAUGCAAAUCUGAAGCAACCCUAUGGAGCCUCGUCUAGUGGGGUCACUUCCCAGAGUAGCAUUCACAAACAAAGACCAAACAUGGAAUCUGAUUCUUUGGGUUGUGUACAGAUGCAAACUCCCGCAAUGCACCCAGAUUGCAGCCAGACUUCAAAUUAUACCCCCCUCCCUGCCUCGUCUGGAUCAAGGUCUGAACACGAUGAAUAUCCAUCAUAUGCAUCAAACAUGGAGAGUUCUCAUGGUAAUCCUUUGGAGGCUACUGCCUUGAAAACAAAUUAUAUAGAAGAAAAUCAAUAUCUUUACAAUGAUGCAAAAGUUACGAGUAGGGGUUUCAAAAGUGAAAAAAUGCAAAAUUCUAUGCGAUUCAAAAGUCCAGGUUCAGCUCAUCAGGUAGGACGUCAGUUUGAAAAUGUGAAAGAAGGCCAUAGUGAAGUUGGGGGAGUUAGCAAAGGAUUUUCACCAGAAACAGAGUCAUCAAAUGUGCAGGAAAGUUCAUCUAUGAGCUCUGCAUUGGAUGGAAUUUCACAUGAAGCAGCUAGCUUUUGCCAGUUGCAACAGGUCCUGGAUCAGUUGGAUGUUAAAGUCAAACUAUGCAUAAGGGACAGCCUGUACCGCUUAGCCAGAAGUGCUGACCAAAGACAUAUUGAUGCUACUGCAAGUGCUUUAAUGGGCAAUGAUGUUGAAGCAUCAAAAGGAGUAAUGACACAGGAUUCUAACAGGUGUCCGGGGUUGGUGAACAUGGAAACUACUACAAAUCCCAUUGAUCGGUCUAUAGCUCACUUGCUGUUCCAUAGGCCCUCAGAUUCAUCAAUGUUGCCUCUUAGUGAUAAUGUACCUUUAAAAUCCAGUUCCAUGAUACACGGAUCGGCGACCAAUCCACCAAUAUUUACUGAGAAACAGGUUUGUCAGGAAGAAUCUGAUGCCGGAGUAGAAAAUAAAUCUUGAAGGGUAUCACAUACUGAUCAACUGAAUUUAUUAUAUUGAUGCUAGUCUGAUGUACACUGUCUUCUUUUCAAUUAAGUCAUCAUAUUGUAUAUAUAGUUAUUUGAGGCUUACUCAGAUCCUUUAGUGAUUCAGUUUUUGCAUUGAUAACCAUUACACUAAUGUAAAUUGGGCUGAUAAUUUAUAUAAGGUAGUGUAUAUGAUGUA